GAGCACUUGCUGCUGUCAUUCUCUUUGGGGCAUUUGGGGACGUUUUUUCCUUCAGGAUCCCGUGGAAACAACGGAUUUUAUUAUUUUAUUUGGUUUUUAACACCAUGUACACGCAAAACCGUCACUAAAUUAUAUGUUAUUCAAGUUGUUCCAACAAUAAGUAAAAUGGAUGUAUGGAGGCCGUCUGAUUAGUUAAAAAAGUACAAAAUAACCCUAUCAAGAGAAAACCAUGCAGCUACAACGUUAGCUGCUCCAAUAAAGGAUCGUUUUGUCAUUCCGACUCCGGUUUACGUUACAUUUCAGCUUUACUUCAGAUUUACAGUGAUCUGGACGGUUUUUAAGAGGCUUUCUUUCAUAAACACAAGACCGAUUUCUGUUGAUCGGGUCUUGUGAGCCAUCAUGGCCAAAGUGCAGGUGCUAAACGUGUCUGUUCUGGAUAACCCCAGUCCUUUUGGAAACCCGUUUCAAUUCGAAAUCACGUUUGAGUGUAUGGAGGACCUACCUGAAGAUCUGGAGUGGAAGAUCAUAUACGUGGGCUCUGCGGAGAGUGAGGAGUACGACCAGGUCCUGGACUCGGUUCUGGUUGGCCCAGUUCCUGCAGGCAGGCAUAUGUUUGUGUUUCAGGCGGACGCUCCAAACACAGGGCUGAUCCCCGAGAGCGAUGCGGUGGGCGUGACCGUCGUGCUGAUCACAUGCACCUAUCACGGACAGGAAUUCAUUCACAUCGGUUACUAUGUAAACAAUGAGUACACAGACCCUGAGCUGCGGGAAAACCCACCUGUCAAACCCAACUAUACAUUUAAUAAGGCUGUUGCUGUCAGUAUUGUUUUUGGAAAUUAGGCUACAUUCAAAUGCAAUGGUCUCGUUUCAAAAGCAUUGGUCAAAAUGCUUGCGUCCACUUCACUGUAG